UUGCACAGAGCUAUUCAGAUGAAUCACAGCGGUUGUUCUGCUCCUUCAUAGUUCUCAUUUUAGCUAUGCACGCUGAAAUAAAAUGUACCAAGAAUGGAAGGAUGCAUAACGUGGGAUCUUUUGCAAUCUGACUGUUUUAUAUUGUGAAAUUAUUGAAGAAGCUUGCACGGGUUGACUGCUGCUGAUGCACUUUGGAUGGCACGUUGUUAGGAGGAGCCCUUGUUUUUCAUAGCACUAACAUUGCAUUGCGACCUCAAAUAAUAUCCCGUUGUUAAAGAUUCCCAUGCAAAAAAUAUAUAUCUAUAUCUGCAAAGUUUUCCUUUUAAUGCAUCUUAUUUGGCAAAUACGUGAGUGACAUCCAAAAGGGGAAUUAAAAAAAAAAAAUUGUGCUUUCUAGUAUUAAUAAGUAUAGCAAUUAAAUCUUGGGAGUUGUUGAGCCGUCCAGUUAAUCUAGCAGAAGCGGACCAAACUAGGAGGACUUCUUAGGCGCACAUCGUUGCAUUCAGAUCUCUGGAAUCAUGUCAUCACAAACCAAAUACAAGAAGGAGAAGGAGAUCACAACAGAGUACGAGACUCAAGUGAAAGAGAUCCGUGCACAGUUAGUGGAGCAGUUCAAAUGCCUGGAGCAGCAAUCUGAGUCUCGAAUCCAGCUCCUGCAGGACUUACAGGAGUUCUUCCGCAAGAAAGCAGAGAUUCAAAUGGAAUAUUCCAGGAGCCUGGAUAAGCUGGCAGAGAGGUUCUCUUCCAAAAUCCGCAGCUCCAGGGAGCAUCACCAGUUCAAAAAAGACCAACACCUCCUGUCACCUGUGAACUGCUGGUACCUGGUCCUGAAUCAAACAAGGAGAGAGAGCCGUGAUCAUGCCACUCUCAACGAUAUCUACAUGAACAAUGUGAUCGUUCGACUUUCCCAGAUCAGCGAGGAUGUUAUCAGGCUGUUCAAAAAGAGCAAAGAAAUUGGGCUGCAGAUGCAUGAGGAGCUGUGGAAGGUCACAAAUGAACUCUACACUGUGAUGAAAACCUACCACAUGUACCACACUGAGAGCAUGAAUGCCGAGAGCAAGCUGAAGGAGGCAGAGAAGCAGGAGGAGAAGCAGUUCAGCAAGUCAGGAGAGCUGAACGUCAACCUGCUUCGAAAUGAGGAUCGGCCACAGAGACGCAGCUCGGUCAAGAAGAUUGAGAAGAUGAAAGAGAAGAGACAAGCCAAGUAUUCUGAAAAUAAACUGAAGUGCACCAAGGCUAGAAACGACUACCUGUUGAACCUGGCAGCAACCAAUUUUGUUGUGGCAAAAUAUUACAUCCAUGAUGUCUCUGAUAUGAUUGAUUGCUGUGAUAUGGGUUAUCACGCAAGUCUUGCCAGAACCUUCAGGACCUACCUCUCUGCUGAGUACAACCUGGAGACCUCGAGGCACGAGGGCUUGGACAUCAUUGAGAAUGCAGUGGACAACCUGGAUGCACGCAGUGACAAACACAAAAUAAUGGACAUGCACAACCAGGUCUUCUGUCCGCCAGUGAGAUUUGAGUAUCAACCCCACAUGGGAGAUGAGGUGUGCCAGGUGAGCGCCCAGCAACCAGUUCAGACUGAACUCCUCAUGCGCUAUCACCAGCUUCAGUCCAGACUGGCAAGCCUUAAAAUAGAGAAUGAAGAGGUUCGAAAGACCCUGGAUGCUACAAUGCAGACCUUACAAGAUAUGUUAACUGUUGAAGAUUUCGACGUGUCAGAUGCGUUCCAGCACAGCCGCUCCACUGAAUCCAUUAAGUCUGCUUCUUCUGAAGCCUACAUGAGUAAAACCAACAUUGCGAAAAGGAGGUCCAACCAGCAGGAAACUGAGGUCUUCUAUUUUACAAAAUUCAAGGAGUACCUAAAUGGCAGUAAUCUUAUCACAAAACUCCAGGCCAAACAUGACCUACUUAAGCAAACCCUUGGAGAAGGGGAAAGGGCUGAGUGUGGCACUACAAGGCCCCCUUCUCUUCCCCCUAAACCACAGAAAAUGAGGAAGCCUAGACCUCGAUCAGUCUAUAAUCAUAAACUGUUUAACGGCAAUAUGGAAACCUUCAUUGAGGAUUCAGGCCAAGCCAUCCCCCUUGUGGUGGAGAGCUGUGUUCGGUACAUCAAUCUGUACGGUCUUCAACAACAGGGUAUUUUUAGAGUUCCUGGAUCUCAGGUCGAAGUCAAUGACAUUAAAAAUUCAUUUGAAAGAGGUGAGGACCCUUUGACUGAUGAUCACAAUGAUCAUGAUAUUAACUCAGUUGCUGGGGUCUUAAAGCUUUACUUCAGAGGACUGGAAAACCCACUGUUUCCUAAGGAAAAGUUCCUAGACUUUAUGUCAACCAUAAAACUUGAAACUUCUGCUGAAAGAGUGCACCAUGUCCAGCAACUCAUUGUGCCUCUGCCUCGAACCGUCAUUAUCGUCAUGAGAUACCUGUUUGCAUUCCUCAACCACUUAUCCCAGUAUAGUGAUGAAAAUAUGAUGGACGCCUACAACCUGGCCAUCUGCUUUGGCCCCACCCUGAUGCCAAUCCCAGAUGGGCAGGACCCUGUUGCCUGCCAGGCCCACGUCAAUGAGGUCAUUAAGACCAUUAUCAUGCACAAUGAAGCCAUCUUCCCCAGCCACAGAGAGCUGGAUGGGCCGGUGUAUGAGAAGUGCAUGACUGGAGGAGAAGAGUACUGUGAUAGCCCCCAUAGUGAACCUGGUACUAAUGAUCACGACCAUGACAAUGGCACUGAGCCCCACACCAGUGAUGACGAGGUUGAGCAGAUUGAAGCCAUUGCCAAGUUUGAUUACAUUGGGCGGUCCCCUAGGGAGCUGUCCUUCAGGAAAGGAGCAUCACUGCUGCUCUACCACAGAGCCUCAGAGGACUGGUGGGAAGGGCGUCAUAAUGGGGUUGACGGGCUGAUCCCUCACCAGUACAUUGUAGUGCAAGACAUGGAUGAUGCAUUCUCUGACAGCCUGAGCCAGAAGGCAGACAGCGAGGCGAGCAGCGGUCCUCUUUUAGAUGACAAGGCCUCAUCAAAGAAUGACAUCCAGUCCCCCUGUGAGCACUUACCAGACUACAGCUUCGGAGGCGUUAUGGGCAGGGUUCGGAUAAGAUCAGAUGGUGCUGCUAUCCCACGCCGCAGGAGUGGCACCGACACCCACAGCCCCCCCAGAGGAACCGGCCCUGCUAUUGACACACCUCCAAGAGCUGCUGCAUGCCCCAGCAGCCCCCACAAGAUCUCAGUGAAUAGAGGCCGUAUAGAGAGCCCAGAUAAGCGCAGGCUGGCCACAUUCGGAAGCUCUGGCAGCAUCAACUACCCUGACAGGAAGACCUUGCCUGAAGGCCAUCCCUUGAGGCCAACCCAUGGCUCCACUCGGCACGGCAGCCUUGGAGACCACAAGUCACUGGAAGCAGAAGCCUUAGCUGAGGACAUUGAAAAAACCAUGAGCACUGCACUCCAUGAGCUGAGGGAACUGGAGAGACAGAACAUUGUGAAGCAGACUCCUGAUGUCGUGCUAGACACCUUGGAGCCCAUGAAGAACCCACAGAUAAGCACUGUGAACUCUGAGCCCCCCAGCCCCCUGCACACCAUGAUGAUUCGAGACCCAGACGCCGCAAUGAGGCGCAGUACCAGCUCCACCACCGAGAUGAUGACCACCUUCAAACCGGCCCUUUCUGCCAGGCUGGCAGGUGCCCAGUUGAGGCCUCCACCCAUGAGACCAGUGAGGCCAGCGGUCCAGCACCGGUCAAGCAGCAGCAGCAGCUCAGGAAUGGGCAGUCCAGCUGUUACCCCAACUGAGAAGAUAUUCCCAAACAAUUCUUCUGAUAAAUCUGGCACAAUGUAGCUGGGGAAAACCCAUUACUAGAUCAAAGCAGACUACAAUAGAAAAAAAAAACCAAUUUUUUCUCAAGGUCUUUUCUCUGUAAGGUGAUGAGUAAUGUGGACGUUUUUAUUUUUGUUUGACCUCCCAUAGAGCUUGAAUUGAACUGCUGUUGCCAUGGAAACCAUCUUACACCCCUUUCACAUUGGCACUCCUACUCGGGUCCUGGCUAACCGGGUCACAAUCCUACAUAGUGUGAAACCACGUACCUGGGUCAUACCCGGGUUGAGCGAGAAAAAAUGCUUGACGGCCGUUCAUGAGCUGACGUGAUAACAAACAGCCACACCUGUGUGAAAGUUUCACUUCCGCAAUAUUUUUGUUUAUUCUGUUUAGCCAUAUUUUUGU